AUUAUAAUUAUGUAGCGUAGUAUUACUUGGGUAUUACUAUUGAUUCCAGAAAGGAUACGCUUCCGUAAUGAAAUAUGCGAUAGAUCUGAGCAACAUAAGGCAAAUAUCCUCGUUCAUCCGCCACCAGGUCGAUUCAAACCGUGCAACGCCUGAACAACGCGGGGAGGUUCAAGUGGGAAAUCGGAGUCGCCCAGCACUAGAAGCCCAAUCCAAGUCUAGUGCCCUCCCCUUGCUGUCAAGUUUGUGCCUUGAGCAUUUAAUUUCAUGAUCCCGAAAAUAUAGAAUGUGGUCGACUGCUCGAGACGUCGCUGAAGGCGACCUCGUUAUCAUAUGGCAGACUCGAGAACUUAUUCAGCCUUUGCUCAUAACUCCAGGGAAAGACUUCAACUCCAGGUUUGGAUAUUACCGGCAUGCCGACUUGGUUGGAAUUCCAUACGGGUCCAAAGUCGGAUCUCGCAAUGGCAAAGGAUUCAUCCAUGUACUCCGACCUACCCCAGAGCUUUGGACGAUGGCUCUUCCCCAUCGUACUCAGAUCUUGUAUCUUGCCGAUAUCGCGUUUAUCACCUCAUGGCUUGACAUCAAACGCGGAAGUCGUGUAAUCGAAGCCGGUACAGGAUCGGGAUCGUUCUCUCACUCCGUCGCAAGGACGAUAGGGUCGGUUGGACAUCUUUGGUCAUACGAGUUUCACGAAGCCCGUGCAAACAAGGCGAAGGAGGAAUUUUCGCUCCACGGAAUGACAGACAUUGUGACCCUCACACAUCGCAACGUGUGCAAGGACGGCUUCACAGUCGAAGACACAGUUGAUGCAGUAUUCCUCGACCUUCCGGCUCCGUGGGACGCUAUCGAGCACGCCAAGAAGGCACUGAAGAAAAACAUCCCUACUCGUAUAUGCUGUUUCAGUCCAUGCAUGGAACAAGUCCUUCGAACAGUAAGCGCCUUAAAUGAUUCGGGUUUCACAGAUAUCACGAUGUUUGAGACAUUACUGAGGCCUCACGAAGUUCACCAAAUAUCGCUACAGCAUUUAAACCACGCGAUCGAGAAACUCAAGAAAUCAGAACAAAAACGUGAAGACAAACGUCAACACCAGAUCGCAAGGUCGAGUAAAAGAAAGCGGGACGAUUUCCCGGAAACAGACGCUGACAACGCGGGAGGGAAAAGGCUCAGAACUCAAGAAUCAGCGGAAGAGGAGGAUGUUGACGUCCGCGAUAUCCCAGAUGCGGUGGUGGACCCUGCCCAACCUGCCAACCAACCUGCACCAACCAAAAUGUCUGUUUCAAAGGCGUCCCCCGACGUUCGGGGCCACACAUCGUAUUUAACUUUUGCCCGACUCGUUCCCACAGCUCCUUCAAUUAACACGAGUGGAGAAUAAAAAUCGAGUAAAAUUGGAGAAUCAUUCUGCUAAUAGAUCGAUGACAUAAAUCAUAAAGCUAUAAAGUACAGAGAAGCCCCUCUAAUAGAUCUACUCUGCUAU